CGAAUCCUUGCAAAAGGGGAGCGGCGCGCCCAUGCCGCGUGCCAGGGCGCCCAGGACCGACACAUCGCCACCCCCCAGCAUCCACGGGGCCCACCAACCGGCUGCAGAACACGGCCCGACGGACGCCGGGCAGCAGCGGGAGCCCCGGGCCCGGCCACCGGCGACCCGGACCCAGACCCUCCGGACAUCAGGCCCCCCACCACCAGGCUGGCCAGGCGAGGGCGCGGCGCCGCCGGGGGAGCGACCCCACCCGCAGUCAGAGCCGAGCGGAAGGAGCGGGGGAGCGAGGAAGCGACCGCAGGCGAAAGCGGGGGCGCGGCGGGCGACGACAACACCAGAGGACGGGCCAGCGAGUCUUGCGCGGACGGACUCGGGGAGGAGCGGCGAGGGCCACGAGACGACGAAUCUUGGUCCUGGCUCCCGAAGGACAGGCACAGCCGGUCAGCGGAUUCCGGCGCAGGGGGAGCAGCGGCAGGGGUCACGGGCGAAAGCGAGCGCGAGCGGCGACGGAAGGCAGCACUCUUCGGUGAUCGAUCCAUCCGCGCUGAAAGAUCGAGGCACGAUGCGUGGUAGAAUUACCAUCCAUCCACCCUGGGAAAUCAUGCCAAAUGGGAACAAGAACGAGGAGACAGAUAUAAUAAGUAGAAGGCUCGUUGCUGCUGGGGCGGGACCCACACGGAUCAUCUCUUCGCUCCAAUCUGGGGCGCCCGUUUCACCACAAUAAUUGCGAUUCGUCUGGUAGCACGUAUUUCCUCCCACUUUAUUUUCAGAACCGUGAGUUUGCGAUACCACUUUAUUAGUUUAGCAUAUAAAAGAUCUCACAGUCACAGCAUUUCGUGUAGGAGUCACCAAAAGAUAGCCACAUCGGCGGUUCGGUGAUACGAGUGAAACGAGGAGAAGUUUGGGUACGUAUUGCAUGCUGGUGAUUCUAAUUCAGUGCAAAUUUAUCGGAGGUCACGCACGGUUUAGGUUGUCAGACUUCCUGUGUUUACGGGUAAUUUGCAAAAUAAUAGAGAAAUUUUACGGUACGCUGAUACUCCAUAAAAGACUGUGGGAGUACUAGACAAAUCUGGACAUCCAUUUGUAGGGAUAAUUUGGUCUUUUUAUUUAGACAAAGCACUUCCUAA